AUGGCCGAUGUGAAGAAAUAUCGUAGCGGAACACAAGCGAUUGCUUCUGGACGAUUCGUCGUGCCAUUACCGACACGCUCAGCCUUGUCCUCGCUAAGUUUCCCAGGUUCUCGUGAACACGCGAUCAAACGCUUCGAAAAUCUCGAGAAACGACUGUCGACGGACACUAAACUACGAGAUCUCUAUUCCAAUUUCAUGUCCGAAUACUUGACAUUAGGUCAUAUGUCGGUUGCGAGAACACCUGGGACAUACUUCAUACCGCAUCACGCCGUAUAUCGACCUGCAGAUGGUGACAACAAAAUCCGAGUCGUAUUUGACGCGUCUGCGAAGGGACAUCGAAGUUUGUCAUUAAACGAAUGUCUAUUGCAGGGCCCCAAAUUACAACAAGACAUCGUCGAUGUACUUACCCGUUUCCGUGUACCAAAGCUAGUCUUUACGGCAGACAUAUGUAAAAUGUACCGCCAAAUAUUGGUCCUACCGGAGUACCGUACGCUCCAGCACGUGUUUUGGCGGUCGUCUCCACUCGAAAAACUCGUCGAGUACGAGCUAGAUACGGUGACAUACGGGACAAACUGUGCCCCAUUUCUAGCACUUCGCGUCCUUAAGGCAAUCGCCUUCAACGAUUGCACUGAUUAUGACGACGUUCGUGACGCGCUAUUAAAUCAGACAUACGUCGAUGACGUGUGUGCUGGCGCCGAUUCCACUACCGACAUUCUAAAAUUCCAAUCCGACCUAAUUUCAAUUCUGAGUCGUGCAGGGCUAGAAUUAAAAAAAUGGUCCAGUAAUGAACCUGACGUGUUAGAAGCGGUGCCUGCCGACCAUUGUGUGAAUUAUCCACAUUCGUUUGACGCCGACGAUGAUAGCGGAAUAAAGGUACUCGGCCUUCAGUGGCAUCCGGCCGACGAUUCGUUUUCGUGUGCACUUCGUCUCAAUUCGUUGCCAAUCAUCUGUACGAAGAGAGGAUUAUUGUCCAUGAUCGCAAGGAUUUACGAUCCUUUGGGACUGUUCGCACCCGCAACCUUUCACGGAAAAUGCAUAAUGCAGCGCACAUGGUCGGCGAAGGUAUCAUGGGAUGACCCUCUUCCGGAUGACAUUUCGCGGGAUUGGGAAUCGUUUGUAUCAGACCUGCCAUCACUUAACGACUUGAAGGUGCCUCGUCAUUUCAAUUCCCGCCGUGGAUCACCGUGUCAAUUACUGGGAUUUUGCGACGCCUCACAGCACGGUUACGCUGCAGUUCUAUACAUAAAGAUGUUAGACCUUGAUUCUAAUUCAAGUACCAUUUUCCUCGUCGGAACCAAAACGAAGCUGGCGCCGAUAAAAACUUUAUCGAUACCGCGGUUGGAGCUAAACGCCGCGUUAUUGUUAUCUCGAUGGAUGAGCCGAAUACAGGCAACCCUUAAAACGUAUUUAAACAUUGUCGAUUUGUACGCAUGGAGCGACUCCGCUAUCGUACUGUCAUGGUUGAAAAAUUCACAUACGUCAUUCAAGGUAUACGUUUCUAAUCGCGUCCAUCAAAUCAUUACUCUAAUGCCUGAUUGUCGGUGGCUCCACGUAAAGUCGGAAGAUAACCCCGCAGAUUGUGCCUCGCGCGGCGUCUUACCAUCAGUGUUAUCCAGUCUAUCGCUGUAUUGGCAAGGUCCCCGGUUCCUCCACGAUGACUCGGCGAGCUGGAACGAGACCGUACCGUCGAUCCCGAUAUCAGAUUUACCUGAGACACGGCCCGUCGCCCUCGUGCUCAGUGCUGAACAGCCAUCAGAAUGGUAUGACAAUUUCUCAUCAUAUGAUCGACUGGUCCGCGUAGUUGCCUACAUUUAUCGUUUUUUUCAUGCAUGUAAGAAACACCCUCGACCCGCCGUCGGGGCACUACAGCGCACAGAACUCGAUGACUCCAUCCACAAGCUGGUCAUCAUUUCUCAACGGUGUUUCUAUAAAACACUGACACACGAACUAGCGACGUCAGCACGCGUGUCGUCGAAACACCUGUCACGGCUACGUCCGUUCUUAGACCCAGCUGGAGUGAUUCGCGUUGGAGGCCGAUUGCGCUAUUCAGAUUUAAAUUAUGGUUGUAAACACCCCAUGCUAUUAGCGAAACAAUCGCAUUUAUCGUUAUUAAUAUGCCAUCGUUGGCAUAAGAUUACGUGUCACGCUGGUCCGCGAAUAAUGUCGGCUCUCAUAUCUCGUGAAUUCUGGAUUGUGUCGAUUAAAUCUGUCUUACACACCGUCACACGCGGCUGUCCCAUCUGCGUGCGUUUUGAUGCGAAACCGCCGCAACCUAUAAUGGCCGACUUGCCAGCCGCACGAGUACAGCAGAGUAGGCCGUUCGCGAGAGUAGGAGUUGAUUACGCUGGUCCACUUCAAAUGCGUGAAGUGCAACUUCGAAAAUCUCGAGUAUAUAAGGUCUACAUCGCCGUUUUUGUUUGCUUUUCGGUCAAAGCUGUCCAUCUGGAGGUGGUCACGGAGUUGUCGACUGAAGCGUUCCUUGCUGCCUUUGACAGGUUUGUCGCGCGACGAGGCUUGCCGUCAGAAAUUUUCUCGGAUUGCGGUACGAAUUUUGUUGGCGCGGAUAAGCAACUUCAGCUACUGAUUAACAGUCCGGAAGGUCAACGCGCAAUCUCUGAAACGCGCGCAUCAUGUCAAUGGCAUUUCAAUCCCCCAAGUGCACCCCAUUUUGGUGGCUUGUGGGAGGCAGCGGUCCGGUCAACAAAACGACUGUUAAUCCGCACAAUGGGUACGCAUGUCCUUACGUACGAAGAGUUCACUACUUUACUCACCCGUAUCGAGGCAGUGCUUAAUUCGAGACCAUUGACCCCAUUAACCACGGACCCAACUGACCUUGACUAUUUGUCCCCUGGACACUUCCUAAUCGGGCAACCUCUGUUGGCUGUACCUCCCCGAGUAUCGUUUGAGUCACGCGUAAAUUUAACCCAACGCUGGAAGCUGCUCGACCAAUGCCAUCAAGCAUUCUGGCGACGUUGGUCAACCGAAUAUCUGACUUCGCUUCAAGGGAGAUCGAAAUGGACAACUGAAGCCCCCAACGUCAAGGUCAACGACAUGGUAGUAGUAAUUGACAACCAAUCUCCACCACUGGCAUGGCGCCUUGGGCGUAUUCUUGAAGUAUUACCUGGCAACGACGGUGUCGUACGCGUCGUGCGAUUGUUGACGAGUCAUGGUCAAAUCAUUCGACCUGUUGCCAAAGUAGUGGUGUUACCCACCCAAUAA